AUGAAUGAUAAUAAAGAACCUCAGAUUUCCAACCAGACACAUGAUGAUCAUAGUUAUUAUGAAAGUCUUGCAACGCCAGGUACAUCGACAAAGCUAUCAGAAAAUGAAGUUGAUGAGAGUGAAAAUGAUUCCAAAGAUGAAAAUGAACUAUCAGCGAUAUCAUUAUCAUCACAGUUAGCUAAUGCUAUAAUAAGAGAACCAGAAUUAAAGCUUGGGAAAGAAUCAGGCCAUCGACAACAACAACAGCACGGGCGUAAUGAUCAUGGCUAUAAAAAAGUACAACAACGUAUACUGCAGUUGAUGCAAAAAGAAGAAAAAAUGAUUCAUAAAAAGGACUCAAAUCCUCUACACUGGUGUCAGAUUGGUGCUGAGUUUUCCAAUUGUUUCAAGAUUAUUCUCGAUAGCAUUUCUGAAGACAUUCCGCGUCUUUUUCCGCCAAAAAAUAUGGAUGAGAACCAAUAUGCUGAAGCAAUUGAAAGAAAACAUCAUGUGAUGAAAGCAUACGAACUGCUUUUAACAUUAAACGAAUGUUUUAAGCGAAUUUAUGCAAAAUUGAAUGAGUUUUACAAGUGUCGCCGUAAAAAUAUCUACUACUACAAACAUAUUUCACCCUCCAUUCAGGUGAAGUGA